CGCCGCUCGCAGUCAGUUUGAAUCUUGAAGCUAUAUCAGUGCGACCGAAACACAUUAACUUGUGCAGUAGUGCUGUUCUGUAUUAUUCACCAUUUAUCCAGUGUAAUUUUAAACACAAAGUGACUUUUAAAAAAUAAAUCGUCAUCGAAUUGUGCGUUAUUGCGUAUACGUUUGUUUUUAUAUACACAAUUUAAUAUCUAUUCGUAUUGUACGUAAAUAAAAUCGAGAAAAUUACUGGCGAAGAAAUGGUUGGAAAGACGGCAAUCGGUAUCGAUUUGGGCACCACCUAUUCUUGUGUGGGUGUCUGGCAACACGGAAAAGUAGAGGUCAUCGCUAACGAUCAAGGUAACAGGACCACCCCGAGUUAUGUGGCAUUCACUGACACCGAACGGUUGAUCGGCGAUGGGGCCAAAAACCAGGUGGCAAUGAACCCCGUGAAUACGGUGUUCGACGCCAAACGUUUGAUCGGACGUCGUUUCGACGACGAGAAGACGCAAGCGGACAUUAAACAUUGGCCGUUCAAAGUGGUGAACGACUGUGGGAAGCCCAAAAUCCAAGUUGAAUUCAAAGGUGAACGGAAAGUGUUUGCGCCGGAAGAAAUCAGUUCGAUGGUGCUAAUGAAAAUGAAGGAGACAGCGGAAGCGUACUUGGGACGUGACGUGACUGACGCCGUCAUCACGGUGCCGGCGUACUUCAACGAUUCGCAGAGACAGGCGACUAAAGACGCGGGCGUCAUAGCCGGCCUAAACGUGAUGAGAAUAAUCAACGAACCGACAGCUGCAGCUUUGGCGUACGGUCUAGACAAGAACCUGAAAGGAGAGAGGAAUGUGUUGAUAUUCGAUUUGGGCGGUGGCACGUUCGAUGUAUCUGUUCUGCAGAUCGACGAGGGUUCGAUAUUCGAAGUGAAGUCAACGGCGGGCGACACGCACUUGGGCGGCGAAGACUUCGACAACCGGCUGGUGAGUCACUUGGCCGAAGAGUUCAAGAGGAAAUUUAAAAAGGACGUACGUAGCAACCCGAGAGCGUUGAGACGAUUGAGAACGGCUGCCGAAAGAGCUAAGAGAACUCUGUCGUCUAGCUCGGAGGCCACCAUUGAGAUUGAUGCUUUGAUGGAAGGUAUCGAUUUCUACACUAAGGUUUCUAGAGCGCGUUUCGAGGAGUUGUGCGCAGAUCUGUUUAGAUCUACUUUGCAGCCAGUGGAAAAGGCGUUGGCAGAUGCCAAGUUGGACAAGGGAGAUAUACACGACGUGGUGCUCGUGGGUGGUUCGACGAGGAUUCCAAAGAUUCAGAGUCUGCUACAAAACUUUUUCUGCGGCAAACCACUUAACCUGUCCAUCAACCCCGACGAAGCGGUAGCCUACGGUGCCGCGGUACAGGCGGCCAUUCUCGGCGGUGACACGAGUUCUGCGAUUCAAGACGUGUUGCUCGUGGACGUCACUCCUCUGUCGCUGGGCAUCGAGACCGCAGGCGGCGUGAUGACCAAAAUUGUCGAGCGCAAUUCCACUAUUCCGUGCAAACAAACCCAAACGUUCACUACAUACGCAGAUAACCAACCAGCCGUCACCAUCCAGGUGUUCGAAGGAGAAAGAGCUAUGACCAAGGACAACAAUCUGCUAGGAACGUUUGACCUGACCGGCAUACCUCCGGCCCCUAGGGGCGUACCCAAGGUCGAGGUGACUUUCGAUAUGGACGCAAACGGUAUUUUGAAUGUAUCUGCCAAAGAAAACAGUUCUGGGCGGUCUAAGAACAUUGUCAUCAAGAACGACAAAGGUCGCCUGUCUCAAGCCGAAAUCGAUCGUAUGCUUAACGAAGCGGAACGGUACAAAGACGAGGAUGAACGACAAAAGGCCAAGAUCGCGGCCAAAAAUCAGUUGGAAAGCUAUGUGUUUGGCGUUAAACAAGCGUUGGACGAGGCCGGCGAUAAGUUGACCGAAUCUGAGAAAAAUACCGGCAAACAGGAAUGCGACGCAGUGGUUCAGUGGUUAGACAAUAAUCAAUUGGCAGACAAAGAAGAAUACGAGUACAAACUUAAAGAAAUCCAAAAGAGCUGUUCUGCUUUAAUGAUGAAGAUACACGGUGCAGGACAACCCGGUGGCGCGCCACCUGGUGCUCAUGGUUUCCCAGGAUCUAAUGGACCAACCGUUGAAGAAGUAGAUUAAUUAUUUUAACAGUUCCAUCCCAAGUGAAUACUAUUGUUAACUAUAUCCUAGAUAUACAUUUUAUUACUAUUAUUAUUUUUAUUUUGUAAAAAACCUUCUAGAUUUAAUCUACGACUGAUUUUUCAUUAGUGAUAUUUAAUUAUGUUUUCUUAAAAUGUAUUAAUUUAUUGGCUGUAUAGUACCUAUGUAUAAUGUAUAUAUUUAUAUUUUUUUUAUUAUUAUUUAUAAGGUAAUGAUCUGCACUGUAGUAAAAGACAAUGUUGUGUUUGAAUUUAGUAUUAAAACACGUGGAUACUUAACUACUAUUUAACCAUAAAUUCUAUUUUUUUUUCCAGUCAAAUAUUUUUAAUAUUUAUUAACAUUGUAUAGUUAUUAUUUAUUCUAUAAUUUUUUUAAUAAAUAUAUUUUUAUUUGAUCUUAUA